AUGAGGAAUUGCUUAUUGAAUGAUUCGCGUGUGGAGGUCACGGCGGUCCGUUAUAGGCCCGGGCGCAUAGUCCCCGCGUUUCGUCGAACUUAUUACGACAGAUGGCCGCGGCCAGAAGCGCGCGGGACGGCCCUUCGGAGAGAUCGACCUCCGAAAUGCGCCCGAGAUUGCAUUCUUUCGGCUGCGCGGGCGCAUUCCGCCGCACGCCACCCGAGCACCGCGCGCCCGCGCCAGUCGUCGCGCGCCCUUUUUGGGGUUAAGAUGUGUCCGUUGCGGGCGUACACUAUGUGGUCCCAACCGCCGCCUCCAGAACCCGAAGCGACCUUCCGCGCCCGCGCUACCUCGCUAAACGCCCCAUGUUUCAGAGGGUGCUCUCGCCAAAUCGCAAGAAUGGUCCGUAACGCUCCUCCCGAGUAUGGGGUCCGAGUGGACCCUACGUCCACGCGACCCCCCGGUCUCCGAGUCCGCGAUGAACCCCAGUACCAGAACUUAGACGAUAUGCGCAAGCGUCCCGAGUACGCGAACCUGGACGAAAUAAGCCGCGAGUUUGGUUACCGCCUCUGCCCUGAAGGGCAGAACUUGGAGGACGAGGCAAUAUAUGAGAAUAUACUAUCAGUGCGUCAGAUUCGUUCCGCGGAAGUGCGUUUAGUGCCAGUGUCUGAGGUGCCGUACUAUGAAGGGCAAGGUUACGUCGCGACUCAAGUGUUGAGCAGAAAUGGCACGUUCCCUCAAUGCCCGCCUCACACUUGGAGCAGACUGCAGCACGCUGGGCGGAUGACGGGGUCUCUGCGGCUCAUUACUGCUAAACGGGAGAUGUACGAUGUAAAAAAACAGAGGUUAUGCUUAGCUCAAGAUGAAUAUAAACACUUGAAUAACGCUCUUUCGACAUUAGCGGCUUCGAGAACUAGCUUGUGUUCUUCAACAACGUCCGUCACUACGACCUCAACGACGUCACGACACGACCCGGAGCAACUGAGGUGUGAAGUGACGCAGGCGAGGGGCAGAGUCGCUCAACUUCGCAAGGAGCUGAGGCAGGCGAGAGCAGAAGUCGCCUGCGCAAGACGCGGCGUUGACACCCUUGCUGAAGUGGAACAAAAACUUAGCGCCCAGCAAGGAUGUUACAACAUCACCGAGGCGCAAGCAAUCAUGACUGAACUGAAGAAUAUCCAGAAAUCCCUUACAUCUGGCGAAAAGGAGAGGGCAGAUCUCAUGCAAUCGUUGGCCAAAUUGAAGGAUGACCUUACAAGGUUACAACUCGGGGAUGCAUCCCCAGAUCUGUCCACGUUAAGCCUCCCCCAAGAGAAACUCAGCACUGCCUCGCAAACCGACCUCUGCGCAGACUUAGUACCCAUUGGUACAAGACUAGCGGAAAUGGCUCGCGUUCGUCUCCAAUACGAUGAAGCAAGAAAGCGGAUACAGCAAAUCCAACAACAAUUAGCAGACCUGGAAGACAAAGUGCAGCCCGGCCAAGCGGAGUCUGAUAAGGACCGGCUGUUGUUGUUCCAAGAGAAAGAGCAACUACUACGAGAACUCAGGAGUAUCACACCUCGAACUCGAUCGAAACAAGAGAUGAGCGAUAUUCAGUCUGAGUGCAAACGGUUAGAGCAGGAUCUUAAAAACGCGUUCGAGAUGUCUAAUAAAUGUAUAGCUGAUAGAUUGAGGCUGCACGAGGAGAAGCAAUUGCUACUACAGCAAUUGAAGGAUGCGCUUACAUCGAUGACGACGUUAGAGGGUCAAUUGAAGACGCUCUCAGCCUCUACGCUGUCUGUAUCGAGCAGUUCGAGUCUGGGGUCCCUUUCAACAGCAAGUAGUAAGGGAUCUUUAAGUUCGGGGAUUAGCUUUACUGAUAUCUACGGCGGGCCGCAGAUAGCUACCACGUUUCAAACGGACAAACCUAUCGAUAUGGUUGAUUUGCAUCGGAGGGUGGAGAGAUUACUACGCGGCUCUAGCUACAACGACAGUGUGACGCCUGGCGCCAGUAGCUGUCACUCUCAACCGUCUCUAUCUCCUAGAAGUAGUCUGUCUUCAGCUAGCCCACCUCCGCCACCACCUUCAUACAAUCAGGUGGAAAGACAAAGACGACAACAAAAGGAAUUAGAGGAGAAAUUAGCAGAAAUGAGGAUAGGAGUUGCUGCUGGAUUGAACGAAGUAACAGGCUUAGCCACUAGCAUUCCAGUACAAGUGCAAGGCCCCGGUCGGCCAGUGGAGCCACUAUCGCCAAUCUCAGAAACGCCCCCACCACUUUCUCCCACCUGCUCAUCUAGUGGAACAAAUACUAGAUCUGUCUCAGCAGCAGUGAGCGAUGAAUCAGUGGCGGGCGAUUCUGGAGUAUUCGAAGCCGCGCAGGCGGCUGACUCUUCCAACGCCGUGAACAGUGCGCAAAUUGAGAUCAAAUUACGUUACUGUCCUGAUGAAACUGCGUUGGAGAUUGGAAUCAUUCGCGCUAGGAAUUUACACGCGCUGUACAUAGAUAAUGGUAUUGAAGUGUCUGUCCGUGGCGCAUUAGUAGUGGGCGGAGGUGGUGGUAUCGUAUUCAAUACACCAGCUUUAGCCUGGCGAGGGACGACCCUAGUAUGGAGGAACAAUCAGCGAGCUUCCAUCAGCUCUAGAGCACUCAGGGCUGCCACUUUACAAAUCAAUUUGGCGGCGGAUAGUGAAUGCUUGGGCUGUACGCAAGUUAGUUUAGCUGAUUUCGACCCCGAGUCCACGUCGCAGAAGUGGUACAAUGUCUUGAGCUUUAGGAGUAUGAGAAGGGACGAGAGCUCCGAUGAAUCUACCGUCAUUUCUUCGCAAACUUCUACCCUCACUAGAAACAGAGGUCCUGAAAGUAUGACAGGAGCCGAGUGUAACAUAGAAUGUGGUGAUGAUUCCGCUUCUGAAGACGAAGAGGCAAGAGAACCACUUAAUCAGAUUGUAGAAGAAGAUUCCUUCGAAGAUUACAUUCCGGAAGAAGAGUUGAAUUUGGAAGAGGAGUAUCUUCCGUCCACUGCCGAGAAGGAAACGAAUACCGAAUGCAACUUCUGUCCAGAAGGAGGGAGGCAAUUGCAUAGGAGAUUUUAUAAGCUGAAGCGUAUUGAGGCAGACGGACGGCCUCACGAAGACAGAACUUUAGAGAAGAAAAGUCAACAAGUAAGCACAAACCAAGAAGAGUCGCUCGCGACUAUAAAACGAUCUCAAACAUUCUCUCCGCAACCACAGAGUAUCGGAAAAGGGCAUUAUAUUUGUAGACUGAACCGAUCAGAAUCCGACUCUUCAAUGUCUCAAUAUGCACGAAGAGUACUUCACCCUCCAACUGCGCCUGGUAUCCCCUUCGACAGGACGCUGCGCGAACGCCGAUCUUUAAGAUGGGGCCGCGUGCGCAGCACUGCAGUGAGACACAGCUCAACCAAACGCACUGCGCGUACGUCGCUUGAUCUUUCACUGGACCUCAAAGCACAUCAUUCACGGCUAACAGAUCUACGUCAAGAGAUAGCUCAUCUCACUCUGUUGAAGAAACGGUUGGAAGAAGCUUGCGCCAAGGGUGACCCUACAGUAGCAUCAUGGGUGGCUGAAGACGAAACUCUUCGCAGGCUAAUAUCAGCACCAGACAGUACAAGUAACGACCGCGUCUCCAAGUUAUUCCAGAGGACCUGUAAAGAGAUUUACCGCUUGAGAAAAUCCAGGCAAGGUGGAGGAAGGAAACCAGACCUUGUUACUUUUAAAGAAAAAAUGGCCUUCUUCACUCGCACCACGUCGACUGUCCCGACCCUUCCUGAUGAAGCUAACUCCGAAGACGAUUGGGAACAAGACUUGGAGGAGCGUAGUACACCCGAUGGCAGGUCCUCGAAGACAUCAUAUGAGAAACAAACCCAAGCGGCUGAACCUGUGGAAUGCAAAAACCCAUGUAUCCCUGAGUGUUUCGAAAAUGAACUUAAAAUCAAUGAAGGCGAAGAUGAAGUUAGAUACGAAUUUGUUGUCGAUAGAGUACUAGGAGUACAGGUUUAA